AUGAAAACAGACCAUGUACUUUUAUAUAUUCCAAAUCUAAUCGGCUAUUUUCGUUUAUGUCUUCUUAUUUUUGCUUGGUAUUAUUUUGACAAGCCAAUUGUUUUCUUAGGGUUGUAUGUAAUUCAAGCUUUACUGGAUGGUGUUGAUGGGUGGAGUGCUCGACAAUUCAAUCAAGUAUCGAAAUUCGGUUCUUGGUUAGAUGUUAUGAUUGAUAAUAUUGGACGAGGCAUUAUAUGGACAAGAGUCUCAUCGAUCGGGAUUUUUAUUUCAUCUAUUGAAUGGAUUACAUUUUUAGCAUUAAACAAUCGUGGAUCUGAUUGGAAAUCAAAAUUAUCAUCUAGUAAUGAUCUGAUCGUUCGAAAUGUUAUGAAGAAUGACACCGUUUGGAUUCUUAACAAUUGUCCUUGGCAUGCAUGGUUUGCCAAUCAUCAUUUAUACCAUGAAACAUCAAGUUUUAUUCUGUGUGUCCUCCUUUUUAUUGUAUAA